UGGCGCCUGUAGCAGUCGCGGUCGUGGUACAUACAUGGUUUCACCAUGGACUUCACGAACUCCCUCCAGAAACUCGCCAGUUACAGGCAACGGCAAUCGGAGACCUCGAAGGAGGCUCUCACAAAGGGUGUAGGCCUACUGAAGAGCGGUGCGUACGCCAAACGCGGGGACGAGGGAUGGGACAACCUCGAGAAGCUGUACCUCGCUGCGUUGGACCAGGGGGAUACUGAAGUAGCUGACCAAUGCCUCCAGCUCAUCCUAGACGCGUUCCCCGGCUCUCCUCGCGCUGACGUCCUACAAGGGCUCAGAAUGGAGGCCACAGAACCACCCGAAGUUGCUUUGAAGUUCUACGAGGAGCUGCUGGAAGCGGACGAGACGAAUGCUGCGGUCUGGCGUCGGAAAGCAGCAGUACUCCGGAAGAUGGGGAAGGUCGACAAAGCCGUCGAGGAACUGUCCUCGAUGCUCGAUACCUUCUACACAGACGUUGGUGGCUGGCUGGAGCUCGCCGACAUAUAUUCCUCAUGUACCCAAUACACACAUGCGCUUCAGGCCCUAUCUCAUGCUCUCAUCCUUGCCCCGCAAAGCCCUUUCUAUUUCCUACAAUUCGCCGAAACCGCAUACCUUGCCGCCGACAUCACUUUGUCACUGAAGAUGUUCCUCGUCGCCGUGGACAUGACAGAUGACGACGACGGCCCCGUUCCCCCACAGGACUCGAUACCGACUGGGCUUACGCUCCGCGCGUGGUACGGAGUAAAACUGUGCACGCACCGUCUGAUCUCGGAACCACGUCUGCUGACAUCUUCAGCAUCGCAUACACCCGCACUUUCCACUGGGAUGAUGUCCAGUCUCGACGAACUCGCGACGGAACGGUUACGCACGGCGUAUUUGAAUAUCAAGGGGGAGUCUCCGCCGAAGGUCGACAAGGAGCUCAUCAGCGUCCUGGCUACCAUCAUACAGUGAGAUGGCCUUUUACGUUCGUCGUCACUCAUGUACUUUGACAUCAUUCCCUCAUGAUAUCUAUUUGCGAAGCCUCAGCAAUUGCGGUUUUUGGAGGUCCUAUGGUGGCAGAACUUUGUGCAAUCGUAGAAGGAUAGCAUUCAUUGCUGACACAUGAGCUACAGCUAUGUCACGUAGAUGAUACUGAGUGUCAUCUCCAGGCAAAAACAAAGUUUCAGGAUGAUUGACGAAGUAUUGACGACGUCAUUUAUACCGACUGGUCGCUGCAUGCGUGACACCAUUCGAGAUGGUUGCGUUGCGGGGAUGUACAGCGACGCAGCCCAGGGACGUGACGAGAUGCGUCUCUACGGAACGAUCAUACGCACUAUCGCCCUUAACGUAGGCAAGCGAUUACUGUC